GCCACCCGCCUUGGAGAGACUGGAGAAAAGCGAGGAGCUGGAUAUCUCCGUGUUCCCGGAGGUCCUGGGACUGCGGAUCAUCCAGGGAAGCGUGGACCACAUCGUGGAGUGCCAGUAUGCCCAGAGCUGGACCUGCACCCCCGGGGCCGUGCGAAGCCUCAGCGGGCAGUCCGCGAUGUUCUGGGUCGACCUUUUCGUGCUGACUUCGGCCCUCUUCUACCUGGAUAUCGCGCUUGACUUGAAGCAGCUGUGGCUGUUUUGGCAGGAGGGGCUGUUCGGCUACUUCACGGUCAACCUGGCGGGCAUGGCGCUUCCGCCAACUUUUUCAAUCUUGGAGGCGGUGCGUUUCAGUGCUCGGCCUUCACCAGAGCGGGACCACCUGGAAAAGCUGCUGACACCUAAGAUGCUGGUGCCAGCCAUGCUCCUCUCCAUCCUCACGCAGACGCACAUGAUCCUCCUCGUCGCAGCCUCUGCCUUCUCAAGAAGGAAACAUCCUCUGCUUGUGGGAGCCAAGGGUGCAGAGGUAGCAGAAUCUGCUGUGUCUGCACUGGUGCAGACCAACUUCCUGGUUUCAGCGCUAGACGGGAUAGGGCAGGUCGAGGCGCUGGAGCUUACCGGCGGGCAGCUGAACAGCAUGAAGCUUUCAGUCCUCGUCUCUUGCCUCAGUCUUGGCCUGGGAUUCGCCAGCCGGGACAAGGAUGACUCGGCCGUUCUGGACCUGCCAGGAAAAGUCGGCUGGGGCCUGACUAUGGCCAGCCUUGUCCUGGCGAGGUCACUCGAGGUCUUCAGCCGCAUUCUGGCAUACAACGUUCUGCAAGCGUCCCUGCGGGGAUUCCCGCUACUGCGAAUCGCCGGCUUGGGAGCUGUUGCACUCGCUUUCCUCGCGGCUUGCCUGGCCUUCCCGGAUGCCUCCUGGGCCGACGCCGCGGCCGCGGUGAUUGCCCAUCCGGGCCAGAUCCUGGAGCCAAACUCGCUGUUGUACUCUGUGAUGAUCCACGUGGUGCUGGUGGCUGCUGCCGGUGGAGCGCAGUUGCUGCUGCGGACGAGCACGGUCCUGCCGGAUAUGCUGCUGAUGGGAUGGCUCGUGAUUAGCCUCGUCAGCUGGGCAGCGCUUGGCCUCCUCCGCUGGCUUGGCAACUACGUGGACCAGCCACGCUUUGUCGCUUUGUCGUCGCCUGUCAUAGCCUACUCGACCUUGCUGGCCGCCUUCCCCAGCACCGACGGCCAGGUGCCGAAGGUGGUGCUGGCAGCCCUGAAGGACAAGCACACUGUCGACUUGACAACGGAGGCCGCGGCACAUGGUCUGAAGAAGCCGGGGUUGGAAUGGAUCCUGGACUUUAACCUAGACUCCUGCUACGACGGAGGGGUGCUUCUUGGGCUGGGCUGCAGCCAAGAGGCGGUGGUCCGGGGCCUGGAGCAGUACCAUCCCGCCACCCUCCACCUCCAAAACUUCCGAAACGUCCCUGCCGACGCCUGGGAGCGUUUGGGCACCAGUUUGGGCUCCCCGAGCCUGGAGAAGGUGGACCUCUCCGU